GGAAAUGAAAAUAUUUACUCCUAUUCUAGCCCUAAUCUUGGUUAUUGGGUUAACACAAGCUGGACUUGUCGAUGAUUUGGUUCCUCAGAUGCCAGAUUGUCCAAAAUUCGAUUUCGAUCUCUACUCAGGAUACCUGGAUGUUACUGCAAACAAGAGCUUGCACUAUGUUCUUGUUGAGAGUCAAGGUGAUCCAGAAACCGACCCUCUUCUCAUGUGGUUCAAUGGUGGACCAGGAUGCUCUUCAAUGCUUGGAUUUAUGCAAGAGCAUGGGCCAUGCAUUAUUGAUGAUGGAGAAGACUUUGUCAAAGAAAAUCCUUUCCCUUGGAACGAGAGGGCAAAUGUAUUAUACCUUGAAGCUCCAGCAGGAGUUGGAUACUCCUUUGCUAGAAAUAAAGAAGACAAAGUUUCAAACGAUCUUCAAUCUUCUCACGAAAAUUUGGAAGCUUUGAAGGAAUUCUAUAAGAAGUUCCCUGAAUAUCAGGACCGUGAUUUGUUCAUCUCAGGAGAGAGCUAUGCUGGAAUUUAUGUUCCAAAUCUUGCUUACAGGAUUCAUCAGCACAACACAAUGUCCAAGAUCAACGGAAGAACUCCAAUCAAUUUGAAAGGAAUUCUUGUAGGAAAUGGAGCAACAAAAUGGGAGUAUGAUACUACCCCAUCUUACCUUGAAAUGGCAUACAAUCACCAAUUAAUGGACACAGAACUUCACAACACUUUUGUCGAAAAUGGAUGUGAAUGGUACUUUAGAGAUGUUCUCCCAGCUAAGACUUCUGAAGUCUGCGAGAAAGCUAAAAGAACCUUCGAUGAAAAUACUUCCAGAAUCAACUGGUACGAUAUCUACAGGAAGGUAUACGACGAUGGAAGCCUAAACAAAGAAAGAAUUGGCAAGACUAUUAUUGAUGGUGAAGAGAGAUACUAUAAGAGAGGCUAUAAGAUGACAGACUACACUCCAUGGCUUGAAGAUAUUUAUGGAGAUUCUGCCCCGAUUCUAGGAGAUUAUGUAUCAGAUUAUCUCAACAGAGAAGAUGUCAGAGAGGCCUUCCACAUCAAGAAAGACAUCCAUUCUUAUGAAGCCUGUGCAGGAGGGGACUUUACCUACCAUCUCCAGAAGGAAGGAUCUCAUUGGAUCUACCACAUCCUUAAAUCUAAUGGAAUCAAAAUUCUCAAAUUUUCAGGUGACACAGAUGGUGCCGUUCCAACUUAUGGAUCUCAACUUUGGAUAAGAGAUCUUGGAUGGGACACUGUUAAGGACUGGCAUGCCUGGAUUGUCGACGAUCAAGUAGCCGGAUACCAAAAAGUCUAUGACGGUAUGACAUUUGCUACAGUUCAUGGUGUUGGACACAUGGCUCCACAAUGGAAGAGAAAAGAAGUUACACAGUUGAUCACUGAUUUCAUCCACGCUGAGUAA